GUCAAACCUAUCAGAUAUCAGACGGUGUGCAACUGUAGGUUGUGGAUUGAUAGUCUGACAAAAACUGUCUGAAGGGCUAUGCGUUUGACAAGCCGCCAAAUGCAAGCAAUGGGUACCAGAGAAUCAGAAAAACAUUUUGUCUCACUCUCCCCUACAGGUUUCGAUCACGUCGGUUCUACAUCCAGGCCAACGAAGCAUUACUGGACGCACACAGGUUAUUUGAAGAAAAAAUUAGCCCGGGGGUUAAGAGGGAGCAAUAGAAGCGAUAGACAAAGCUGACAUCCUGAAUGGCGGAGAUGCGUCCAAUUCCCCAACAGAGAAGACAGAAUGGAACAACAGGACAACAAAUAUUAAUGAGGAUAACGAGAAACUAUAUGACGACAGCCUUAUGUUUGAACGGAUCCAUAUUUUAUACAGAUGGCGGGACGCGAACAACCCAACUGCCAUAAACGAGUACGGUCAAGGAUCUUCUGAACGUUAGCAUAGGAAAACAUAGCAGAUUUUUGUUUCAGAGUCAAAAUUUAGCUGUUUUUGAAGACUUAGUUCAAAGUGUUGGUCAACGGUUUUAUGGCGAACCGAACUUUCCGAACAGCAGCUCCUAUUAUCUCUGAUUUUCGGGACUUCCUCACUGUGUCCAAUGACACAUGUAACCCCUUGUCAUAGGGGUGAAGGUCUGAACAUUGGCGCGGAUACAAUGCCAACCUUUUCCAAGCAUUUGCGACAAGGAGACCCGAAACCGGAUAUCAACCCGAACCACUAUACUCUGUUUGGCAAUCGAAUUUGCCCUUUUGUGGAACGCGUACGCUACACUCUGCAAUAUCAUGGGAUCGAGUUUGAUUCAAUCCAUAUUGCACUGGAUGCCAAACCUGACUGGUUUUUGGAAAUUAGUCCGACUGGAAAAGUUCCGGUCUUUCUUACCAAUGAUGGGAAGACGAUUGUUGAAUCGGAUGUGAUUAUGCGGUUUGUGGACAAAAUGAAAGGCGAAAAGACGUCUUUGUUGUCCGUUUGUGGAGAGGAGGAAUUCCAGAAAGCUUGUGAACUUUCCUCGGAGCUCGGUGGUUCCAUCCAUUCCGUGACUUCUCGCGGCCAUACCGGGAAGGAAGCUGAACAAGCUAUCCUAAACGCCUGUCUCAAGAUCAACAGUGCCAUUAAAGGUACAUACCUGACCGGUCCCAAUCUUUCUUUGGCCGAUCUUGUGAUGUUUCCAUUUGUGGACCGUCUGGAGAUACCCAUAUCCGUCCUUGAGGGCACCGACUCGUCCGAAGUGGAAGAAUUCAAACCCAACGAUCCAAAGGGUAAACAAUGGCCUGUUUUGUUGGACUACCUGCUUCGUAUGCGGAAGCUUCCAUUUGUGGCACAGGUCCGAACUUCUGCUCAAACCAAAGCACGUAUUGCAGCUACCGUACGGAGUGGUCAUCCUGAGUGGGACAUGUAGUUCAAUAGUCGAAUGUGUUACAUUCCUUCAAGGGUUUAUCUAAACACCAUUCUGGAGAACAAUCCGCAAUUUCUAAUCUCCAAAUUUUCAACUGAUUCAUUCUGAUUUGCUUUGGCUACAGUGUUAUUUGUGAUCUCUCCGGUUUGACGAAUUCAAAGAUCUAUACUUUCUAUUAAGUCUUGGGUUUCUGCUUCUGUUGUUAACAUUACUGAAUAGCGGUGUGCUUAUCGCUUAUCCGCGCUACAGACAGAUAGGAAUAAAGCCAAAAUUUAGGAUUCGAUCAAACAGGAGGCAAUCGAUAUCGGUCGUCGUAACAGAAAGAUGAGUGUAGUUCUCAUAGAAUCUGAACAAACUUCAACAAGUUGGCGGAUGCAAGCAGCGAGUGAUGACACCAUCCACCUGUGAUAACUCAACUUGGAAGCAAUACAAGAGGUGAAAGCAUCAAUAAUGCUCCGUCAAAGCGCUUCCUGUGUUCGGUGUUGUCGGCAUCUUUUUUGUGGACCACAGACUCCAAACUUUACAACAAUAGCACUCAGUUUGAGCCAGCGUCAGCUCAAAUUGGUCGGCUUUCUGCUGAAAAAUCAUGUCCGCUUUUGGUUCAACGUCAACCUUACUUGGCUUCUAAUAGGUUGGUU